GUAUUGUUGGUGGUACUGAUUGUUCUAAUAUCCUGCAUUGCAGGUUCCAUAGUGUGUAGGGGCCUGUGUUAACAAAAUUCUGUCAAAAAAAUGUCAGUGAUGAGGAUGAAAGCAGCAAGGUGUCCCACUGAUGAACUCAGUAUCUCAAAUUGUGCUAUUAUCAAUGGAGAUGACUUCCCAGAUGAUGUCAGGCACAUCGAAGUUACCACUGUACCGAAUCAUCAUUUUGUUUUUACUGUAAAAAGACACCAUGAUGUGCCCAGGGGAACUGUGGGUUUUAGUUUACCUCAACGAAAAUGGGCUACCCUUUCCCUUAAUCAGGACAUUGAAGUUAGACCUUAUCACUUUAAUCCUACUUCAAGCACAGAGUGUUUAUGCACUAUUGUACUGGAAGCUGACUUUUUACAAAAGAAAUCAACUACUUUGGAACCAUACAAUACAGACGAAAUGGCGAAAGAUUUCUUAUUGCAAUUUUCGGGACAGGCAUUCACCGUGGGUCAGCAGUUGGUGUUUCAGUUUAAAGAUAAGAAAAUGCUUGGUCUUGUGGUUAAGAGUUUGGAAGCCGCCGAUCUUUCUGCUAUAAGUUCUGGGCAAACCACGGCGCCUAAAAAGACCCAAAUGGGACGAUGUUUGGGCGACACUGUGAUACAGUUUGAGAAAGCUGAGAAUUCUAGUUUGAAUCUCGUUGGUAAAGCGAAAGGAAAGGUCGUUCGUCAGUCGAUUAUCAAUCCCGAUUGGGACUUCCAGAAAAUGGGAAUCGGUGGACUGGAUAAAGAAUUUAGCGCUAUUUUUCGAAGAGCAUUCGCAUCCCGUGUCUUCCCACCAGAGAUCGUUACUCAAUUGGGUUGCAAACACGUGAAAGGAAUUUUACUUUAUGGUCCGCCAGGUACAGGUAAAACGCUGAUGGCACGACAGAUAGGGACUAUGUUGAAUGCCAGAGAGCCUAAAAUCGUCAAUGGUCCUCAGAUUUUGGAUAAAUAUGUUGGAGAAAGCGAAGCUAAUAUUAGAAGGUUAUUUGCUGAAGCUGAAGACGAGGAGAAAAGGCUUGGCCCGAACAGUGGAUUGCAUAUAAUCAUAUUUGAUGAGAUCGAUGCUAUUUGUAAAUCCCGAGGUAGCGUUGCUGGAAAUACAGGAGUACACGAUACUGUUGUGAAUCAAUUGCUCGCAAAGAUCGAUGGCGUGGAACAAUUAAAUAAUAUUCUUGUUAUUGGUAUGACUAACAGAAGAGAUAUGAUCGACGAAGCACUGUUACGACCUGGCAGAUUAGAGGUACAAAUGGAGAUCAGUUUGCCAGACGAGCAUGGUAGAUUACAAAUCCUUAAUAUUCAUACAUCCAGAAUGAGAGAUUAUAAGAAAAUAGCGCCUGAUGUUGAUUUGAAGGAAUUAGCUAUAAAGACUAAAAAUUUCAGUGGCGCGGAAUUAGAAGGUUUAGUUAGAGCUGCCCAAAGUACUGCUAUGAAUAGAUUGAUCAAAGCCUCUAGCAAGGUAGAGGUGGAUCCUGCUGCGAUGGAGAAGCUUAUGGUUUCUAGAACUGAUUUCCUUCAUGCUUUAGACAAUGAUGUUAAACCUGCAUUUGGUACAAGCGCAGAAGCUUUGGAUCAUCUUCUUACGCGAGGAAUUAUUAAUUGGGGAAAACCAGUGACAGAAAUUUUGUCCGAUGGUAAUCUGUAUAUCCAAGAGGCUCGUUCUACCGAAGGUUCUGGUCUUGUGUCGGUUCUUAUAGAAGGACCGCCAAAUAGUGGAAAAACGGCUCUUGCUGCUCAAAUAGCUAAAAAUUCCGAUUUUCCAUUUGUCAAAGUCUGCACGCCAGAGGAUAUGGUCGGUUUCACCGAGCCUGCGAAAUGUCUUUCUAUCCGAAAGAUAUUCGACGAUGCAUAUCGCUCGCAACUUAGUUGCAUUUUAGUUGAUAAUAUCGAGCGUUUGUUAGAUUACGGUCCAAUUGGACCGCGAUAUUCUAACUUGACCUUGCAAGCGCUUUUAGUUCUAUUGAAAAAACAGCCACCGCGUGGUCGCAAAUUAUUGAUACUUUGCACUACGAGUCGCAGACAAGUUCUAGAUGACAUGGAAAUGUUAUCAGCAUUUAGUACAACUCUUCAUGUACCCAACUUGUCGACUCCUGAUCAUCUCUUGAGCGUUUUGGAGGAAGUAGAUCUCUUUACUAAAAACGAAAUGGCAUCUCUGCAUGCGAAACUUCAAGGAAAACGGGUAUUUAUUGGUAUAAAAAAGUUGCUAUGUCUAAUAGAUAUGGCACGUCAAGUGGAAGCGAACUACAGAGUUCCGAAAUUCCUUUCGAAAUUAGAAGAAGAGGGUGGACUAGAAUAAUAAGUGUUUAAUUCGAAAUUGUAAUUGUUUAUGUAGAAAUGGAUUAGGUGUCGUUUACUAAAUAACAAUACGUAGUGCAUAAUUAAUUGACCCAUAUGCAUUUAAAUCCACGUUAAAUUAAACGUAAAUGAGUUGAAAAACAUCAGAUAAAGUUAUUGUUAUAAACUAUAUACGUUUCGUAGAAAGAGACAAGCAUUUGAAUUACUUAUAAAUAUUAUAAUAUAUAUUUUGUAAUAUUUUGCUUAGAAAAAUUACAUUUAUUUAUUUAUUUUUUCUAACUAAUUUUAGAAAAUGAUUUAGAAAUAUCAAAGCAAUACAGUAUUUAUAUUUUUUUACUUAUGCAGUCAUUUAUGUAUACUAUGAAUAGCUUGAAACUUUCAAAGAAAUUUUAUAAUUUAAAAACAAUUGUAUGACAAGUGUACAGUCAAAAUGUAAAAAAGAAAAGAUAUAAUAGUCGACAAAUUUUUGUUAUAAGAUAAAAUUAAAUAUUUACAAGGCAUUUUCUCGUGAAAUAUAUUUUAGAUUAUUGUUCUAUUAUGAAAAUUUUGAAAGGGUCAGUAUAUUUAAUGUACUGGCAAUACGUACAUGUAAAAUAGGUAUUAUGCGUUUCUUGUCUGUAUAAAUACGAAACUUAUUUCCAUAUGUUACGGAAAAGUGCUCCUUUCAAUUUUAACGUAUUAUUAUUCGUUACAGUGAGAUAGACUUGUCCUAUAUUAAUAAUAAAAUCUUUUUAGUGUUCGUUACAAUAGUAAACACAUUAAUCAGAAAAAAUUACAUUAUACAUAUUGUACAUUUUUAUUUUUAUGCCCUCAUUUGGAUGUAAUCUAUAUAGAUAUAACUAUUUACCGUAUGUCUAUUACUAUUUCAAAAGUUUAUUGCAGUUCUUGUUGUAAAUGUAUGUAUGUAUGUACUUAGUUAUCUGAUGUUUGUUAA